AUGGCGAAGCAGUCCAGCACGAGGAUUGACCGUGCUCUGAUCUCGCGGUCGCUGCUUCUCGGCCUGGAGUCAGCAUCGCAUAAGUCACCUGACGACCCGAUCUCGGACCAUGGCUUUGCCAUCAGAGUGGCCUUCCGCUGUGGUGCUAACGCGAAGCUUGGUCCGGGUGUCUGGAGAUUUCCAUCCCACCUGCUCAACAGACCGGGGGUAAGGAAAGUGGUUGAAGCAGCGGCGAAGCAGUCAGGAGGGGACUAUGUUCUGCUACUGGCUCGACUGAAUGCGGGACUCCGUGCCUAUGCUAAGGAGGAAGGAAAGAGAGUUAAGGCGACAAUGAGACACCUGUCCGCGGCGGUGGCGAACCUAAAGCAGGCGGCCAUGGGAGCUCCCAACUGCACACGCACGAGAGAGCUCCUAAGAGCAAAGGAGAGUCAACUGCGGGAGUAUCAAGCAUCACGACGGGACAAACUCCAUCUGAUGGCUGGUUAUGGGACAGAGCUCAAGGGGGAGGUGGUCUCGAAGCACCUGUCGGCAAGGGUGAAGGCCAGGAAACAGCGCACGCGGAUAGCUGAGUUAAAUGUCAACGGCACGAUGGUGUGCGACAAGCAGGGUAUUCUAGAUGCGGCUGCCGAUUUCUUCAACGGGCUCUUCGGAACGGAUAAACGGACUCACCGAACAAGUUGGUUACCGGACCGGAGGCUGUCGGCAGAAGAGGCGGAGGGACUGGCUCAGAAUUGGUCGGAGCAGGAAGUUAAAAAUGCUUUCAAGGCGUUGGCGUGCGGAAAGUCGCCGGGCUUGGACGGGAUCCCGAAAGAGCUGUUCGAGCUGCAUUGGGACAUCCUAGGAGAGUGCUUCAUGAACCUGGCGCGCUCCUUCGAAGCUUCUGCAUCGCUGCCUGCAAACACCAAGGAGGCGGUUACGAUCUUGCUACACAAGAAGGGCGACAAGGGCCAAAUAAGCAACUACUGGCCUAUUACGCUUUUGAACUUCACUUACAAAGUACUGGCGAAAGUGGUGGCGGACCGGAUGAAGAAGGUGCUGCACCGGGUGAUCUCGAGGGAGCAGUACGGUUUCAUACCGGGCCGGAGAUUGUCGGAUGCGGUCAGCCUGGUGGUGGACAUCAUUGAUGCUGCAAACAAAGGGGACAAGGACUGGUUUUUGCUGCUGGUGGAUUUCCAAAAAGCCUUCGACACUGUUUCCCGGGGCUUCCUUUUUGAGACGCUGGAGAAGAUAGGCUUCCCUCCGAGUUAUGUGGGCUGGGUGAGGGGCCUGCACAAGGAAACGAAAACAAGGCUGUUAAUUAACGGAUGGAAGAGCGACGCCUUGGAGGUGGUUUCGGGGGUGCGGCAGGGAUGUCCUCUCGCACCUUACCUUUUCAUCUGUGCGGUGGAACCUCUGGCCCAGGAAGCGGCGAAGAGGCAGUUGGGCAUUGUCAGUGACUCGGGGAGGAGGCUGCCUUACCUGGGUUAUGCGGACGAUACCACGCUUCUGCUGCAGGGGAGGGAGCAGAUUGCAGAGGCAGGGAAAAUGCUGGACUAUUUCGAGCGUGUUUCUGGUUUGGCCACAAACAAGGAUAAGUCGGUGGUGAUGCCGCUGGGCAGAAAUCUUGGAGGUCGUCCUUGGAGGCCGGACGGUUUCAAGUGGGCCGGUGCAAAUGAUGCGGAGAGACUGCUCGGGGUCUGGGUCACCGCCUCAGGCGACUGCAAGGCGACAUGGGACAAGACACUGCUGAGACUUCUGGGGGAAAUGGGGAAAUGGGAGCUGAAGUACCUCACGAUUACGGCGAGGGCGGUUGUCAUCAAUGGUUACAUUACUCCGAUCAUCGCCUUCCAGGCGCAGGUUUACCCGCCGCCGCAGGAGGUCUGGGGUCGGGUAUCGAAGCUGAUUCAUAAUUUCCUCUCGGGAAAUCACGCGUCGGAGGAGGGGUGUUUCAUCCUGUGGGGGAGGGAAACGAUAUUCGCAACACGGGAGGAGGGAGGAGUUGGUGUGAAGGACCCGGGGGUUCUGGUCACCUGUCUGGCCGCUAGAAGGAUCGGAAUCCUGCUCAUCGAGUCGGAUGAUUUCAAACCAGACAUGAUGCUCGCAGCAGCAGGUCUGCCGCUGGGACUGGAUACUUUCCUAUCGCAUGAGAAGCUGUUAAAACACUGGGUUGGGGGGAGCGCGCGAUGGAAGCAAACCUGCGAAUGUUUCAUGGCGUCGCCGUUCGCUUCGGUCAGCAUGCCUCUCACCGCAGCAGAAGUUGCCGCAGAGAGAUUGGUUUUCAACAGAGGCAUUCUGCUUAACGGGAGAACGCCGGUUGGGGGACAGAAGGCUGCUAAGGCGCUUUGGGAGAUCAAGCUGGGGGACCUGGUGGCGCCCAUGGCGAACGGUGGGAUGGCAGUAAAGAGCGAGGAGACCCUAGCAUUGUCGCUUGGAACAGCUUCUGCUCGGCUGGCGCUGAAGGGGCUGGCUGCCGCGCCGGAGAACUGGAGGGAGCUGCUGCUCGCCUCAUCGGAAGGAAAUCAGGGCGCAGGCACGGGGGGAAGGGCAGCUGUAGCCCCUGGGGGUAAACUAUUCCGCACACCCAUUUUUCACCUCGGCCAAGUCGCCCCGAUUAAGCACCUGCGGCUAGCAUGGAGAAGACAGGGGCACUCGGCGCGGAGGAGAGAGAAGUGGGCAAACCGUUGGGGGGGGGAAAUUGACUGGAAGCGGCCAUUCAAGAUGAUUCGCAUUUGCCUGCCCUCCGCGUUCCUACGUCUCGCGGACGAGCACGAGGGGGAAAACCGCGCAGCCCCCUUCGCCUCCUCAGAGCGCCGCGUUAACCCCUCCCACUCGCUUCCCCGGGUCGACGAUCCUGCUCGCCCUCAGGGCGGCGAAUUCCCUGCCUUGGCGGUAGCAGCGCCUUCGAAAGACACGCUUCCAUCAUCAAGAGACGCGUCACUGCGCAGCGGGCGUGAUCUGCUGACUGCUGCUGCUGUUGAGCGGAAUGAUGCUGAGAGGAAUUCUGCAGGGUGGGCUGAUCGCGUUUCUCUGGAAGCAGGCCGGGCCUCUUUGGACGCGCAGCAGCAGGGAAUGAGCCGCCUGCCACCCCGCAGCCCCAGCGGCAGCGGCCGCGUCUCCCUGGAGGAAUCUUGCUGUGGCCGCUCCUACCGCUGCGACAACAUGUGCUUCCGAGGCCUGGAGGCGUUCCCGGGAGAGCCCACACGACGAUCUGAUGCCUCCCCGCACCCUUCAACGCCCAAGAAGCCACUGGGAAGGAAGUCAUCGAGCAGCAUUCCGCGGGUCAUGAGCGACGUUGAUCAGAUUUCGGCGCGUUAUUCUGACCCGGUUCACAUUCGUGGCGAAUCUGAUCGGUAUCGCUCCCGGGGAAGGACUUGGGGCUCUGCUCGGGACACUGCUUACAGCCAGUCCGCCAGUUUUGCCAAUUUGGGUUCUCUGAGCGCCACAGGCAGUUUCUCGGAGACGCGUGAUUCAAAUCACCGCAGUGCGUCAGGUUUGGGUCUCUGCACUGGCUUGCAAAGCAGCCACAGGCACUCCUUGGGAGCGUCUCUCUCGGAACUUGCUCUGAUUGAGGAGGCCCUGGGUCUCUCAUAG